AUGUCCCAGCUCACCCAGGGCGCACCUCUGAAGCCCGUUGAGAGCUAUCCGAGACCUCUGGUGGACGGCCUGGACGGGCUCGUCCUGGCCGCCGAGAUGGAGAUAGUCCCGCCCUUUUUCGCGGCAAUCUGCAGGAAGGAAAUCGGCGUGGUGGCGCUGUUCCUUCAGAGCAAUGUCGUCACCGCGAAUACACAGUAUGAAGGUCGAACGCCGUUGCUGGCCGCCGUGGCGAGCAAACACCUGCCGACCGUCAAAUUGCUGCUCGAACACGGAGCGCAUCCCGACGAGCUCGGUGUCUAUUCGACAGGAUGGGACCACAGUCUGGGCAAGAUCUGCACGUUCCGAACGCCGCUCCAGGCCGCCGCUGCCGAGGGCCACCUGCCGCUCGUGAAGCUUCUCAUGGAGACCUACGGGUGCAACGACGCUGUCGUCGCCCCCGAUGGCCAGAUCGCGCUCCGCCUCGCAGCGGAGCGCGGCCACCGCGAGGUCGUGGCCUACCUUCCUGCCCGGCGCGCGGGCGGCUUCCGCCGCUGGAAGACAAAGCACCAGGCCGGGCUGCGGCGCACACGCGUCGCGCUGGACAAGUGCGCCGCCUUUGUCAAACUCUUUGUGUGGGAUGUCGAAAAGUUCGUGCUCUGGACGAUACCCAAGAACGCAGUGGUCAAGCCGUUGUGGUCGCGGUGCCGGUGGGCAUGGGAGCAUCGCGCGGAUUUCCUGCCGUGGUGCCAGCUCCAGAUUCGACAGCUGGGCUCGCGGCUCCAGCACGCCGGCGCAAAGCUGGUGGAGGCUAUCAAGGCGUCACCGCGGGCCGUCGUCAGGGCCGCGAAGUAUGUGCGCCAGCACUUGCCGGCCUUCCUCCACCGUCAGGCGCGGCUCGUCUGGUCGUUCGUCACCGUCAAGAUCCCCCAAGGGGCCCUCGUCGUGACGCGCUGGAUCUAUGACGGCAUCGUGGCCGUGAGUGCGGCGGUUGGGCGUGGCGCCCUGCUCGUCGCCUCGCUGGUUCACAGCGCCGUUCAUGCCGUUGUGUUUUUCUUCUCGACGUUAACCGUGCGGGAUCUGUGGAACGGUCUAUCCGCCGUCCUGACCCACGUGUUUGUCACGUUCCCCAGGGUGGUCUGGUCGUGGAUGUGCAACUUUGGGGACGUUAGUUUGCGCGCCCUACAGGCGCUGUUCGGCGGCCUCGGAGAAUGUAUCUGGCUGGUCGUCACUUGUCCCGGCUUCUUGGUCUUAUAUCUCCCACGGAAAAUCUUAACGAUCCUGGGCAACUUUGGAGAAUCUCUUGCACGAGGUUCUUACGAGAUUGUUGUUUGGCUGAACCCAAAGGCCUAG